GGUUGCGACGUUCUUUUACUCAUUAAGAGGAAGGCCUCGGUUGCCCUGGAUGUAGAUCGGAUACUUUUGCUUGCCUGUUUAUUACCCAUGCUAUGCGCUGCUACUCUCGCUUCUCAGCCUUCUCUCGUUUCUGGUGAACUUGUUUCGCUGCUUGUUUCUCGCCCUCUUUCGCCCAAAAAAGAGCCAUUCCUUAAGGAAAUACUGUUUCUCUCACCCUACGUCCCUCUUUGACGCAGUCUUCCUUGUGUGCCUGUAUACUCAAAACAAUCCUUUGUGAAAAGCGGUGAUUAAGACGACUGCCUCUUGGAAGUAUCAUCUGUCAUUAGAACGGUGACAUCCCGCCGCGCGCAAAGUCUGUAGAUCAGCUCCUGGUAUCAUCACCAUGAUCUACAUUAAGCCCGCUCUCAUCGCCUCCGUGGCUGCCACGGCGGUGUCCGCUUUCACAUCGCCCAAGACGCUCGAUGUAAAUAACGCAGACUCCGUCACGGCUAUUGCCGGCAGUCUGGCUUUCGGUGCCAUGUCUUAUUACAACGGAAACGUCUCCAGCGACCCCAAGAUGGUCGGCGACCUCCCGGAGCCAUACUACUGGUGGCAAGCCGGCGCCCUCUGGGGCAUAAUGAUGGACUACUUCCACUACACAGGCGACGCAACCUACAACGCAGUCCUAACCCAAGCCCUGACCGCAAAAGUCAACACGGGGCCCAACUACGACUUCAUGCCCCACGAGCACGAACUCGAAGAAGGAAACGACGACCUAGGCUUCUGGGGCUUCGCCGUAAUGUCCGCCGCCGAGCGCAACUUCCCUGACCCCGACGCCUCGACGGGUGCGCCGGCAUGGCUCCAAAUGGGCCGCAACAUCUUCAACUCCCUCGCGGGGCGCUGGAACAUGACGCACUGCGGCGGCGGGCUCCUCUGGCAAAUCUACGAGUCCAACCCCAACGGUCUCAACUACAAAAACAGCGUCAGCAACGGCGGCUUCUUCCAGCUCGGCGCCCGCCUCGCCGCCGCGACGAACGACUCCCGCUACGCCGACUGGGCCUCGUACGUCUGGGACUGGUCCGCCACUGUCGGCUUCCUCGACGCCGACCUCAAAGUCUACGACGGCGCCGACUCGCGCGACAACUGCACAAAGACGAAUUACGUCUCCUUCACCUACUCCACGGGCAUCUACCUCUACGGCGCGGCCGUCAUGGCCAACCACACGGGCGACGCCCUCUGGGCGGACCGCGCGACAAAGAUGCUCGCCACGGCGCGUAAGAGCUUCUUCUCCCUCGCCGAGAACAGCACAAACAUCAUGUACGAGCCCGCGUGCGAGACGGUCGGCACCUGCAACACGGACAUGAAGACGUUCAAGGGCUACCUCUCGCGCUUCAUGUGGCAGUCCGCCGUCGUCAUGCCCGCGCUGCUGCCCGAGGUGAAAGAGAUCCUGAUCCCGAGCGCGCUCGCGGCGGCCAAAGUCUGCGAGGCCACGGCGGGCAACGUGACGUGCGGACAGAAGUGGUACGUCGACGGCGACGACGGCAACUACGGCUUGGGCCAGACCAUGAGCGCGCUCGAGAUUAUCCAGGGUCUCGUCGUCAGCCAGUAG